AUGUUGGCAGCUAGACGGGCCGUUCGCCUUAAUCUCGCCACCACCAGAGCUUUCAGCUCUUCGGUUGUUGUUUCCUCUGCUCAACGGAAAUCCUUGUUCCACAAGCUCUUCAAGAUCCCAUUCGAUGUGGGUGCCAUCGGUACCGUUUUGGCAACUACCUGGUUUGGUUUCUCCAUCUACAGAGAGGCCAACCCAAAGAGCCAGAAGCCACAAACUGACUUGACCGCUGCCGGUAUUGAGAAGAAGCACCUGGUUAUUCUCGGAAGUGGUUGGGGUGCUGCAUCCAUGUUGAAGGACCUCGACACCAGCCUUUACAAGGUCACCAUCAUUUCUCCAAGAAGCUACUUCUUGUUCACUCCUCUGUUGCCAUCUGCCCCUACCGGAACCAUCGAGCCAAGAUCGAUUGUUGAGCCAAUCAGAUCGAUUGCCAAGAGAACUCCUGCCGAAGUUACCUACUACGAAGCCGACGCUACUGACUUGGACUACUCCAACAACUCGUUGAAGAUCAAGUUCCCAGACUCGUCUGCUGUUGAGAAGGAAGUUAAGUACGACUACUUGGUUGUUGCUGUUGGAGCUCAGCCAUCCACUUUCAACAUCCCAGGUGUUGCCGACUAUGCUUGUUUCUUGAAGGAGUUGCCAGACGCCAUCCAGGUCAGAAGAAAGAUCUUGGAGUCUGUCGAGAAGGCUUCUUUGUUCCCUGAAGGAAGUGCCGAGAGAAAGAGACUGUUGCACUUUGUUGUUGUUGGUGGUGGUCCAACUGGUGUCGAAUUUGCCGGUGAAUUGAAGGACUACGUUGACGAGGACUUGAGCAAAUGGAUGCCGGAAAUCGCCAAGGAAGUCAAGGUCACUUUGAUCGAGGCUUUGCCAAACGUUUUGAACUCUUUCUCCAAGAGCCUGUGGACUUACGCUCAAAAGACUUUUGCUGAGAACGACAUCCAGUUGCUCGUCAACACUGCCGUUAACAACGUUACCGACACUGUCAUCACCGCUUCCACCAAGCAAAAGGACGGAAGCACCGAGAAGAAGGAGCUUCCAUACGGUAUGCUUGUCUGGGCCGGUGGUAUCCGUCCUACUGACUUCACCACCGGUCUUUUCAAGAAGAUUGAGGGUCAAGCCGGUGCUAGAAGAGGUCUUCUUGUGGAUGAGAACCUCAAGGUCAAGGGUACUGAGAACGUUUACGCUGUUGGUGACUGUGCCUUCACCGGCCACCCACCAACCGGUCAAGUUGCUCACCAAGAGGGACACUACCUUGCUUCUACUUUCGCCAAGAGAGCUGCCAUUGACGACUUGGAGGCUGAAUUGGUCAGAUCUUCCAACUCUGACGAAAAAUCCAAGGUCCAGACCAGAUUGGACGCUGCCUUGGCUGACAUCAAGCCUUUCAAAUACAACCACCUUGGUUCCCUUUCUUACGUGGGUGCUGAGAAGGCCGUUGCCGACUUGGUGUGGGGUACUUUCUCCUCCACCUCCACCGGUGGUGCUUUCACCUACUUGAUCUGGAGAUCCAGUUACAUCGCCAUGUGCAUCUCUGCUAGAAUGAGAGCUCUGGUUGCUGCUGAUUGGUUGAAGGUGUCCUUGUUCGGUAGAGACUUGACCAAGGAGUGA